CAGGGGCGGACUGACCAUUUGGAAACUCGGGCACUGCCCGAGGGCCCGAGGUCAGUAGGGGGCCCCAUGAGAGGUCCCUGGUACCUUUUUCAUAGGCUUUUUUUUGAGUUUGGGCAAGAACACAGGGGCCCCAUGAUCCCCUAUUGCCUGGGGGCCCCAUGAGUUGUCAGUCCGCCCCUGCUAGGUUCACAUCUGUACAGGUGGUUGCUGCUGCAGGACUGCAUCUGUUCACAGCCACAACCACCCACACAGAAAAACGCAGAAGAUGUGUGCGGGUGCCAUUC